UUGCUUCGUAAGUUGAUCAGUAGGACUGUCUUCCUUGAGCUGCCUGUUGUCCAGCGUGCCACUUACGUAUCAUGAAUUUCUGGGAGACGGUGCUUUGUGCUUCCUUAGCCUCCCUCUUGGCCAUCAUCCUCGGUGGGCUCCAUUCAAUGGGGGCAUUUCGCAAGAGAAGACCCAAAGAACCUCCACUGGACAAAGGCUUCAUUCCUUGGCUUGGGCAUGGGAUAACCUUCAAGAAAAGCCCCCUUACUUUUUUGGAAGGGAUGCAAAAGAAGCAUGGAGAUAUUUUCACAUGUCUGGUGGGCGGUAACUACCUCCACUUCGUGCUCGAUCCUUUCAUAUAUGAAGCCCUGUUGAAGGAAUCGGAAGAGAAACUCGAUUUUAGUAAGUCUGCCUCCAUGAUUGCUUUCAACCUGUUUGGGGUCCAGCCAACGCAAGACCAGCACAAGGUUGCCCACAUGAACAUGAAGCAUCUCCGCGGUAAGACUCUGGAGAUCCUGAACCAGAGGUUGAUGGAGAAGCUGCAGCACAUCAUGCUCGAUGGAAAACAUCUGAGAGACGGGGAAAGAUCUUGGCAACAAGAUGGGAUCUUUCACUUCAGCUACAGAAUCAUCUUCCAAGCGACGUUUCUGACCUUGUUUGGAGAUGAGACAGGCAGGGCUGCGUUGAACAAGGAAGCCGACAAAGAGAGCCAACCCAUGUCCUAUGGAGAGAUGUUUGAAAAGUUCUUGAAAUUCGACCACUUGGCCCCCCAAAUGGUCAUUGGCAUGUUGGAUCCCCAGCGCAAGGAGGAAACAGACCAUCUGAGGAACAUCUUCUGGGACAUUCUGUCAGUCCAAAAGAUCUCCCUGAAUGAGAACAUCAGCGACUGGAUAUCUGAACAGGAUCGCCAGCUCGCUGAGAUAGGAAUGGACGAAACCAUGAGGACAAAAGUCAUGUUUCUGUUUUUCUGGGUGUCUCAAGUGAAUACCGGUCCAGCCAUUUUCUGGAUUCUUACGUAUCUCUUGAAACAUCCAGAAGCGAUGGAAGCGGUGAGGGACGAAGUGGACAGAGCAUUAAAAGGGACUGGUGAGGAGGUCAAGCCAGGUAGUCCUUUCAUCAAGGCGACUUUGGCUACGAUAAAGACUCCUCUUCUGGACAGUGCGAUACUGGAAACUCUGCGCUUAAGAGCAAGUCCUUUUAUGUUCCGGACGGUGGUGCAAGACACAGAUAUUAGGAUGGCGGAUGGAAGGGAGUAUCUGGUGCGGAAAGGAGACGCUCUGCUCCUUUUCCCCUUCCUUGCCAUUCAUAUGGAUCCAGAAAUCCACCCUGAUCCUCACGCCUUCAAGUUUGACAGGUUUGUGAGCCCAAAUGGCACCAGGAAAGAAUUCUAUAAGGAUGGGAAAACCCUGAAGCACUCCAUUUUGCCCUUUGGGGCUGGACACACCAAGUGUCCCGGCCGAUUCUUGGCUGUUAAUGAAAUGAAGAUCUUUGUCUUCUUGAUGCUCAUCUACUUUGACAUCGAAUUGGUUAAUCCAGAAGAAGGAAUACCUUCUGUAGAAGGAAGCAGUUAUGGGUUUGGGACUGUUAAGCCUUCCCAUGACAUUCAGUUCAAGUAUCGACUGAGAUUCUAAGGAAAGUCAAAUUUAAGCCUGGCUUUCAAGCCAUCCUAUAGUUCAGCUGGCAGCUAUUCAUUGACAGAGAAAUCUGGAGUUGGGAGAUCAAUCAAAAUAACAGAUUUAUCUUGGAAAUAUUUUUUAAAAGGUCAAGAUCUAGAUGAAUGGACAGGUAAGGAGGUUUAAGAGCUCUCUAUGAUAUGUAAACCUCAAUGGCUAGACCUCCAACCAUUUAGACUAUUUGUGCAUUUUAAUUCAUCUCCCCCUUUAAUGCUUGUUAAAUGUUUUAUGGAUUGCUGUGAGUUUUCUGGUCUGUAUGGCCAUAUUCCAGAAGCAUUCUCUCCUGACAUUUCACCCUCAUCUAUGUCAGGCAUCCUCAAGAGAUUUUAUUUAUUGACUUUAUUUCUUUCAUGUUUCUUUUCCAAUGUUUUCUUAUGUCGUGAAAACUUCCCAGGAGUUAUGACUGAAAUACCGAUAGUAUAUGGUUUACUACAUUAAUUUGCUAAUAAUAGUGUAAAUAUUAUUAAUAUAGUUCAUGCUAGCUGUGCCCAGCCACGCGUUGCUGUGGCGAAGUAUGGUGGUAUGGGAAAUAAAGUAUUGAGGAAUUGGUAGUAGUUAAGGUAAAGGGUAAAGGUUUUCCCCUGACAUUAACUCCAUUAUAAAUGGGUUAUAUAGCUGUGUGGAAGAGCCUUGAGUCUACACUGUCAUAUAAUCCAGUUCAAAUCAGAUAAUCUGUAUUUUAUAGGCAGUGUGGAAGAGGCCUAAGUGAGGCCUAACUCUGCCUGUCCCCUGGGCUGAGUAGGUUGCUAGGAGACCAAGUGGGCAGAGCUUAGCCUUGUAACUGGCAGCAAUUGGAUAAAAACAAUUAUUCCUCUCCCUCUAAUUAGGACUUAAUUUUUCUUUUCUUUUUGUUGUAUGAACGUAGAGGCAUGGAUGAUGGGUUGUGCUGCCAUGUUUAGUGUUUCUGGGAUGUGUAGUUUUGUUGUUUUGUCCUAGGCCGAAAUUUCAUUACCCUUUUAUAUAUAUAGAUAAUACAGGUUGAGGAUUCCUUAUGCUUGGGACCAGAAGCGUUUUGGAUUUUUUUUUUUUUCAGAUUUUGGAAUGCAAUUUGUCUACGUUGGCAAUAUUAUUUUGUAUCUACAACUCAUAAAGUGAUGAGAUGUUAUGCCAUGACUGUUGAAGUCUGUUUGUGAAACAGAAGAACUGUUUGGUAACUCUGAUCUGGUCAGAAACAUUAAAGGUUAUACUCAUUCCUUGAA